UGGCGAUAUGACUUUCACAGUCAUACUGAUUUGUAUUUAUCAAUAAAUAUAUUAUUGUUAUAUCAGAUGUUUCUAAACUAUAGCUAUUAUAACUGUUGUUUCUAAACUUUCUUCAUUUUCUGAAAAUUUAGGUUUAACUCAUAACCAAACCUAUCAACUUUUUCAACUGAAGCACACUGCUUCGAUGGCUGUGGCAACUUUUGCCGAGACGGGACAAGUAGCUUUAUUGGAAGAAACUUUGGAAGUUCAACAGGAUUUUUUAUUCGAUGAGUUUCGACUACCAAAAAUUCGCAAAGGUAAGGGUGAAAGUGAGGCAACUUUUUUCGUAAACGGAAAACAUUCGAGCGUGUCUUUCAUCACAAAGAUAAUACCAUCGCCGGAUUGGUUCAUUGGAUUGGACACUUUUGACCUAUGCUUCAAAGGACGAUGGCUUGAAAAGGUAACGAUACCGCUGCAUCCGCUCGACGCAGGUAGUAGCAGUGGAUUAACUUUUACCUCACCAAAAUGGCCUACCAAUCCAAGGGGUGUAGUUCAACAAAUCACUUCCAGAUCUCCUCUCCAUUUCGCAAGCAGCUUUUUCUAUCCUGAAAUCAAACACCUUCCACCGAUAGCUCAUGUUACAUUUACUAAGAUCAAAGAAUACAACAAUCACAACAACGUGCACAAAAUGGUGAAGAAACUCAAAUAUAAGCACCGUACGAAGUUACUUAAAAAACUUAAAUACCAGUCAAACGUUGGAAACACUCAAAAUAUGAAUCAUACCAACAAAACUCUCAAUGAUACAGAUUGUCGGGUUAGCGAGUGGUCGGCCUGGAGUCCUUGCAGCAAGACAUGUGGCCUUGGUAAAAGAAAUCGUACACGUAACAUUAUACGAGAACAGCGUCUUGGUGGAGUUGAAUGUCCGAUGUUAGUGGAAACACAGUGGUGUGGCUCAGCUCGCCAGUGUUCAGUGUUUGACAGCUACUUUAAAUGGUGAAGGUUGAAAAUAAUUAAUUGUACUGGAACUACCAACACAACGUGCAUAGUGUAGUAUGGUUACAUGACAAAAUCAGCAUAAAUUGGUUUAGAAGGCAAGUUUGAUGUAUGUGAGAAAUAUUUGUCGACCAAUCAGUUGUCAUUCUGGUUUUGUACAAAUAUAGUUUACUAAAAAAAUAAAA